CUAUAGCCCUAAGCCUGCCACCAGCGCGACCCUUGAUCACCUCCGGAAAAAAAUGCGUUCUGUUUGUAAGCAGAUUGUGUUUCAAACUUUUAAUCAAAACGGACAACUCCAGCUCAUGAAAAUCGAACGGAUUUUGAUAACAGAUAAACCCAUUAUCGUCUAAUCUUCAUCCACGAGCGGAUAAAGCAAUCUCGAUCCUCUUGACCUCUUCUGUUUAAUGAGAGAGAGAGAGAGGGGGGGGGGUAACAGGAUUUUGGGUACUGGUACUCUAAUUUGUGCUGAUUAUUUGGUUUCACAGCUGAAAUAAUGCCGGUCGCAGUAGAUGGGAUUGAAACAGACAUCUCAAGGAUGGAAGAAGGCUCAUCCAGGACCAAAGCCACCGCCGAUAACAGUAACAUCCCUGACUGUUGCUCAGUGGCUGUCGUUAGCUUUGUACAGAAGCUGAUAGCAGAAGUUAUUGGAACUUAUUUUGUAAUUUUCUCCGGCUGCGGGGCUGUGGCUGUUAACAAGAUAUAUGGGUCGGUUUCAUUUCCAGGGAUUUGUAUAACCUGGGGUUUGGUAGUCAUGGUUAUGGUUUACUCCGUCGGCCAUAUCUCCGGCGCCCAUUUCAAUCCCGCAGUCACGAUCACCUUUGCCAUCUUCCGACGCUUCCCUUGGAAACAGGUACCCCUUUAUAUAGUGGCUCAGGUGUUUGGAUCAACGCUUGCAAGUGGAACACUUCGUCUACUGUUUACUGUAAAAGCCGUGGAUUACUUUGGUACUGUUCCUGUAGGAUCUAAUUUUCAAUCUCUGGUCGUUGAGAUCAUCAUCACCUUCCUCUUGAUGUUUGUCAUAUCAGGUGUUUCCACUGAUGACAGAGCGAUUGGAGAAUUAGGAGGGGUUGCAGUCGGAAUGACAAUACUAUUAAAUGUCCUCGUUGCUGGGCCGGUCUCUGGAGCAUCAAUGAACCCUGCUAGGAGUAUCGGACCAGCUCUUGUUAUGAACAUAUACGGAGGACUCUGGGUUUAUAUUCUAGGCCCAAUAGUUGGCGCCAUUGCAGGAGCUUUUGCCUAUAACCUAUUAAGGUUCACAGACAAGCCCCUUCCUCAGCCAACAAAGACUAGAUCAUUCUUCAAUAGCACGUCAAGAAAAUAAACCUUUUUACGCAGUUCUAGUUGAUUGUGCCCUUCCCUUACCUCAUUUCUCAACCUAGUAUGUUGGUUUUUGUUCUUUCUCAACUACUGUUCAGAAACUGUGGAUAGUUAUAGAUUUCUCUUACUUCUUUUUUAGGGGUUUUUACUGUUCAAUCCACUCCAGAAAUUUUAGCUUGAUCGUACAAUUGGGGUAGGUGUCAGCUCGGAAUUGAUGUCAAUUCAUAGGCGGGUAUAAGUGUUAUAGGUAGAGGGUAUUUAUAAUUUUGAAUUGUUGUAGGUCUGCAGUUGAAUUCUUAGGUGGA